AUGGCCUGGGUGAGAGAGAACUCGCGCUUUGUCAUUCCAGUGUCCGGCGACUGCAUGGAUGUUGCUAUGGAAGAAGAGGAAGACCCUCAGCAGGUGUCUGAGUACUCCAAGGACAUCUUCGAUACCGUGGUCUCCACGGAAAAUAUCGACGGUGCACUUGGGCGGAGCCAUGCUGCUGAGAUGUUGUUAUGGCCGCCAGCUACCGAUCUAUAUACAUUUUUGACCCUGUCACUCCUGGAAGAUGGUUUCCGCCCGAUGCUUGUGCUGGCGAGCAAAAGUCAUUGUCCAUCUUCAGUUGACUCUCUUCGGUUCCUUUUGGCCGCGGCUUUUAUGCAGCGCGGACAGUCGGGAGAUGGAUGCGGGGAGAAGGGCACCUGCUUUCAGCCUUGCUGCUGA